ACAUGCCAGAAUCAACUACCUACAACAGAAAUGCAACAUAAACAUCAUAGGCUCUGUAUGGGAGAACUUUUGUGACAUAGAGCUCUUUGUACUGUGCGUUGAUUUCUGCACCACUUUGAAACAGUUCUUAAGUGUUACAGCUUUCAACUCAUCUCCAAACCUGGAGGCUUCAUUUUUACAUUUUUUCUCUCUUUCUCUUCUCUGUCCUCUUUUACUUCUUCUGCCUUUUCUCUUAUCUCCCACACCCUCCCACUCUGCUUCAGUGAAGUACAUCAAGGAGAUGUCUGCCUUCUUUAAAAGCUCUGGGUCCCCUGGAGCAGGUCUCCCGUGGGAUUCUCCCCCUUCCACACCUCAAAGGGGCACUGAGCUCUCCCCUGCUGAGGUGAAGGAGCCCCGGAGCAUCCCGCUGAAGAUGUGCCAGGUGUCACGAAAACAGUGCCCUCCAGACACAGAAAACAGGUAUUUUGAGGUGAUUUCAUCCAACAAAAAGAACUCUGUGUUCCUGAGGGCAAAAGACCCUGCCAUGGCCCAAUCCUGGUACAAUGCCAUCCAGGCUGGUGCUGCCAGCCUUUUACCACGAGUGAAGGAGGAGAUGAGGAGCAUGCAGCCUGGCAUGGAAGUCAAACAUCUGGGCUGGAUUACAGAGCAGGUAUCUCAGGGUCCAGAGAAACCCGUACUGGCUGUGCUGACUGACAAGGACCUGCUCUUGUAUCCCUCAUGUCCUGAAAGCAAAGAGAGCCUCAACAAUCCGACAAAGAGCCACCCGCUCAUCACCACCAGACUGGUCCACUCUGGUCCAGGAAAAAGCUCUCCAGUCUUGGAUUCUGAGCUGUCAUUUGGCCUACGUUCAGGCACAAAGCAAGGCGUGGAGACGCAUGUUUUUAGGGUGGAUUCUGCUAAGGAGCUGUCGACCUGGACUCAUCUGCUGGUGGAGGGUUGCCACAAUGCUGCUGAGCUUACCAAGGAGGUCACCACGGUCUGCAGUUGGAAUGGGAAAGAGUGCAUGCUGGGAGUUCACAUCGAUGACGGUUUCACACUGUUCACCGAAGAAAUGGGUGUCAGGAAGAAUAUUCUCCUCCAGCAGCCUUUUGAGCGCCUCAGAAUGUCCUCAGACGACGGCGUUCGGAUGAUGUUCCUUGAUUUUGGAGGUCCCGAGGCUGAGAUACAACUGGACCUGCAUUGUUGCCCUAAGACCUUAGUCUUCAUAAUCCACUCUUUCCUGUCUGCUAAGGUCAAGCGACUUGGUCUCUUGGCAUGAUAAAGGCCGGAACGUCACAAUAGGAAUAUUCAAUAAAAUUUAUGGCACAGCCUGGGAACUCUGAAACUCCAGACGAUGGAAGGCUUGGGAAUAAUGCUGACAAGCCUUCCUAAGCCUCUAAAAAUCAUCUUUGGUCAGGCAUCUCCUGAUCCUUCUAUGGAAUGAACUGCAGCAAUGCAACGAUGGUUGUUUGUUGAACUUGUAUUUGUAAGGUAAAACGUUGGUGCAAGUCAGUAGCCACUUAAGGGAGCUUGCAUCUGUCAAAUCUGUCACAGUAUGUCAUGACACUUUGUGAUGACAAACUGUAGGAGUACGACUGCCUGUAUCUUAAUGUUU